AUGCUAUCCGGGUUCCGGUCUCUACACUCUUCACACUGGCCCGCGCGCACGGCAGUGGACGCAGCAGCAGCAGCAGCAGCAGCAGCAGCAGCAGCAGCAGCAGCAGCAGCAGCAGCAGCAGCAGCAGCAGCAGCAGCAGCAGCAGCAGCAGCAGCACCAGCAGCAGCAGCAGCAGCAGCAGCAGCAGCAGCAGCAGCAGCAGCAGCAGCAGCAGCAGCAGCCGCAGCGGCCGCCGUCGCAGCAGCCCCUACUCCCAGUUCCUGUCCCUCCCCCUAG